GAAAAACAAUAUUACGGUUGUUGCCGAUAAGUUACCGUCACGCACGAUAUUACACUUCGUUUCAUUCUCGUCAUGAAAUAAUCUAAAAGUGAUGUCAUCGCAGCCGUGUAAACCGUAGCGGCUGUUCUUGAUUCCUUCGGUAAUUUCUAGCAAUUCCUAGAAAGAACUUUAGCAACGUUCGUCCGGAAUCAGAAUUGGCUCGAGUUAGCUCAAGAUAAUUACCGAUAAUUUCGUCAUUCGUCGCAAGCUAUUGACGUAAGGAAGAUAUGUCGUUGAAUACGGCACACGCCAACGGUGGAGUUCUUCUCCAUUCUGGCGAGUGCAUCAUACUCUUCUGCGACAAUGUCAAUAUGGAAUUUCAUGGACAAGAGCAAGCAGAGUUUAUUGGAAAGAAACAUGGCAGAUUAUACUUGACAACUCAUAGAAUGAUUUUCAAUGCUAAAGAUCAAACAGAAAAAAUGCAAUCAUUUAGCUUCCCAUUUGUCACAUUGAGUGAAGUUGGAUUUGAACAGCCGAUUUUCGGUGCUAAUUAUAUAGGAGGCAAGUGCCGUGCUCAACCGAAUGGUAAUUGGAUUGGAGAAUGCAAAUUUAAAUUACGAUUCAAGAGCGGCGGAGGGGUAGAAUUUGCUCAAGCUUUGCUGAGAGCUGCAGCGAUGGCUCAACGCAAUGGUCCAGCAAGUGAUGCACCACCGCCAUAUACACCUCCAUUGUCCGAUUGGUAUCCAGCGCAACCUUCAGCUUAUCAACCUUCUCCAACUGGAUACUAUGGAUGGAUGCCUCCAACCAAUGUAUUUCCAGAUGUUCCUCCAGGAAAUACAGUUUAUAUGACGGACAGUCCGCCACCAUAUCCCGGUAUACAGCCGGGAUAUGGAUAUGCAAGCGGGCCGCCACAUCAAGGUGCUGGAGCUGCAACGGGACAACCAGGAGCUCCUGGAUGGGCCAAUCCGAAUUACAACAGCCAGUCGAUGUCCCAUGCAGAUGCAAAGGCUGCAGAAGCUGCGCAAAGCGCAUAUUAUGAUCCCAAUAGGCCUCAAUGCGCUUAUGUUCCACCACCAGAAUAUUACGAAAGUCCACCAGCUUACACAAAGAAAUAUCAGUGAAAACAUAUACGCGUUGCGCAAGCGAAUUAUAUAGCAAUCGACAUGCAUUUCUCCUUAGAUGAAUACUGCAAAUUUGUGUGCUGUCGUGCAUUUAACGUAGUAAACUUUCUACGUUUGUUACAUAGCAACUCUUGAAUCUGAAUGUGUAGGUUCAAGAUGACGGUUAAAGGUGCACUACUAUUUUUGUCGUUACAGCUAUGCAUUGUUAAAGCACAGAUAUUAUUGUUGCAGAUAUUUGCAACAAUACUGCUAUGUAUUAACGCGAGUAUUAACAAUAAUUUCUUACAUGUUAUUUCUUGAAAAUGAUUGUAUUGUUGUGUUUCACACGAAUCUAUAUAAUUACAAAAUAAAUGUUUACACGCAUGU